AUGGGUUCCAACAGUCUUGGAGAUAUGCCGAGCCAAUGGCCACAGGGCAACUGUCAGAAGGUGUGUAUGAUUGGCGCGGGCUACGUGGGUGCAUUGACAGCAAUAGCUUUGGCUUCCAAAAACCCCUCUGUGCAUUUCAAUGUGGUCGACAAGAAUGCCUCACUAAUUGCGGCUUGGAAUUCAGACCACAUUCCCAUAUUUGAGCCUGGCCUCGAAGAUAUUCUAUUUGAUGAUGGCGAAACCAAUGACAAAGCACUCUGUGAUUUGCCGCACAAUCAUCAAGGCCGGCGGAUAAGAAGGCUUGCUAACAUCUCCUUCUCUGCUGAUAUUUGCAAGCACAUUUCUGACGCUCAUAUGAUUUUUAUCUGCGUUGACACCCCGUCAGAAGUUACUUUUCCUGGUAGUGAUGAGAUCAGAGGGCUUGACUUGAAGAAUAUAGAGUCUGCCAUCAAUUCAAUUGCGCAGCUAUCAACGGGGCACAAAGUCAUAGUCCAGAAAAGUACUGCACCUAGCGGCAUUUGUCGAUGGAUAAAAAGCACGUUAAAAGAAACCGCUCCCCCAACGGCUUCAUUUGACAUAGUAUCAAGUCCAGAGUUUCUAGCUCAAGGCACCGCUAUGCAAGAUCUGUUGAGCCCUAAUCGGGUGGUCAUUGGCUAUGAACCAGCAGCGGAUGGCGCUAUUCCUGAAACAGUGAAGACCCUGACACGCUUGUAUACUCCAUGGGUGUCCAAGGAACGGAUUGUCACGACCGACACAUGGUCAUCCGAACUAGCCAAGAUUGCCUCCAAUGCCCUUAUUGCCCAGCGCAUCAGCAGCAUAAACUCCCUGAGCGCUGUCUGCGAGGCGACUGGCGCAAGUGUCACCGAGCUCUCUCGGAUCGCUGGACUGGAUCCACGAAUCGGACCGUUGUGUCUGCGAGCCGGAUUUGGAUUUGGUGGUUCUUGCUUACGCAAAGAUGUUUGCUGCUUGAUCUAUCUAGCCCGUGAGCUUGGAUUGUACGAUGUUGCUGAGUACUGGCGGGGUGUGAUCCAAAUCAAUGACUCUCAAUCCGCACGCAUCACGCAACGAAUAAUGUCAUUUCUGCCCUCUGAUGUGACAGGAACAGAGACGAAGGCAGCCGUCCUUGGUUUCUCUUUCAAGAAAAACACCACAGACAUCCGAAAUACUACCGCGAUUAAUCUCGUUCGAGACUUGCUCGCCCGUGGAUUACGAGUCAAUAUCUUUGAUCCACAUGUCCCAAGACAACGUAUUGAAAAGGCAUUGAUGUUACAGUGUGGUGCCGCUCAUGUGAAUACCGCUGUGGUAGAGAGCACAGAGGCGGCAUGUGAGGGUUGCAGCAUUAUUGUGUUGCAUACCGACUGGGAUGAGUUUCUAGGCACCAGUGUGGAUUGGAAGGAAAUCGUUGCUCGGAUGAGGGAACCAAGGUUGUUCCUAGGGCCUUCUGGGUCAUUCGACGCACACAAGAUGAAGCAAUAUGGGUUUACUGUUCUGGAGGUGGGGAAGCCAUAAUCAAG